AUGGCGCUCUCGCUCUAUCGCCGCAUUCUGCGUGUGGCAAGGACAUGGGAAGGCGGCUGCGUGGAACAAAAGUGGAUUCGAGAUGAGGCCAGACGACGCUUUGAGGACAAUCGGUUGCUGUCGGAUCCUGCUGCAAUCGAAGAAGCGGUGCGAGAAGGACACAACCAAGUGGAUGUGGCGCUGCACUACAAGAUUUGCUAUCCGCGACCGCAGUACGUGGACCCAGGCACAAUGGGCGGCGAGAGCGAUUUCCGUCGCCAGUCGUCCCGUGACAACAUAAGACGCGGACGGCUGCACAAGAGCAAAGUGCAGAGUCAAUUCCGUUCAGAUGGACGGUGA